AUGCUCAGUGAAAGAUUUGUGGAUGACAUGCUGAGGGACGGCCAUGCAUGGAGACGAGCAUUGAAACAGUGUGACACGCAGGAGUGCCUUGCGCCGUCAUCAAGGGCGGCAAAAUCAAACAUGGGACCCGUUUUUCGCCGCGGCUGCACAGACAACGUAUGCAGCCUACGGUUUGUAAGCACCCUGCGGGCUCCCACGGAUACUCUCAAUAUUCAGGAGAAGGAGCGAACGCUGCGGCAAAGAAUGCGGGGGAGGUGGAACCCCAGCACAAAGCCAAUCAACAGUCAACGCGACAUACUUUUAGAACUUCUUCAACGCCAACUGGAGCUUCACGGAUUUGCCACAGCGUAUAAGGAAUCCCGUGACACAUUACUGAAAGAGCAGAGAGGGGUGGAGUCGUUUUAUCGUCAGCAGCGGGAGAAGAGAAAAAUAUUAGAGAGAGCAGCCCGACACGUAGCGCAACAACAAGAGGUUUUUAUGGAAGAAUCCCAGAUGCGACAGAAGCUGCUCGAAGUUGAGAGACGGAAACGAGCAUCUAUUGCGGCGUCCAUGUUUCAUGGAGCAUUUAUUAUUGCUACCAAUGUUGAAUUUGCUGAGAGAAAAGCCAUUUUUGAAGAGUUCAAUGAACAGUACGCCAUCAUUGUCAACGAGGCACAUCAUGCACUGCAAUCCAUUACAGGACUCCCAUACUCCCUUUAUAAGUCUCUUGUGUCACUUCAAAGAAGGGAGGGGAAGGCCCGGGGGCAAAUUGUACUUUCCCAUAUCAAACACUGUGAUUCCCUUAAAAUGUACAUGAAUAUCGCAAUUGACAAUUGCCUUAAAGCGGAAAUUGCACAAGUUAUUGCGAGGGAAAAGCCUUUUUUAGAAGUCCUACAAAUGAAAAACAAGAAGCAGAAACACAAAUUUAUUCAGUAA